AUGUCAAAUAUCAGACAAAGACUAACACCCUCCAAAAUUAAAUUUAAUGAUCACCAUCCAGAUUUACCUCCUAAAAUCAAUUCAUGUGCCAAUCAUUUAAACAAAAAAGCUAAAUAUCAUGUUCUUAAAGAUUCUACUCUUUAAUUGUGUUCCAAAUGUGCUGUCAAUAUGGUUGCUAAAGGAAUCAAAGUAUAAGAAAUACCUGGAUUAGAAGAAGAAUAUAGAAAAGAUUAAAUACUUAAAUUUAUUACAUCUGUCAAUAAUUCAUUACCAUAAAUUGAUAAACUUAUGAAUGCACUAAUUGCUAAACGAUAAGAUAUACAAAAGUAUUAUGAUUCAUAAAGAGAUAAACUUGAAAAAUUUCAUCUCUAAAUUACUUAAUGUUUAGAAGAUGAAAAAAUGCGAUUACUUUAACAAUUAUUUACAAACUUUAAAAACUUAUCCAAAUAAUAUGAUGAUUCUAUCUCUUGUUUGUAAUUAUCUAGAUCUGAAACUAUCAGUAUGAAAACAGACAUUGAAUCCAAUUUCGAUGGAAUACUAAGAUAAAUGUAAAAUGAACCUUUUAAUGAAAUCAUGACUAGCUAUAAUCAGAAUCUUCAAUUAUUCAUUGAUAGAACUGAUUCCAUUUCAAAAACACCCAUUGAAGUAUUUAAAGUUACUCUUAAUGAACCUAUCAAUAUUACACAUCUUAUCACUGUUCAUUCGCUCAAAACUUGUUUAAUUAAAAAAAAUCUAUAAGAAAUUAAAAAUAAAAUUGAAUCCAAUGACAGUGUCUAUGUCAGUUUCGAAAACAAAGAUCAAUUCACACAACCUAAAUUACCUAAAAUGGCUCCAUCUUUAAGUAAAACACCUAAAAAAGAUCAUGAUUAUGUGUCUCCAUUUGAAAUCAAAACAGAAGAAAUCUAUGAAGAAGGACAUUCUUAAAUGAUAGAAAGAGAUGACAUUGAAAAUUCCUAUUAAAUGAUGCUCAUUGAUAAUCAAUCAGAAUCCGAAGAUUUAAAACCUGAACCAGACAUCCUCAAAUCUUUUGGACCAUCCAAUUCAUCCAAUUAUAGUACAAAUAAUACUUUAAUCCCAAAUAAUAAAUUAUUGGUAUCUAAAAUCAUUUCAAGAGUUAAUGAUAAAAAUGACAAAAAAAUUGAUAAAAAUUAUGCCUUCAAAGGAAUCAAUACUUCCCUAAAACUUGUAUGA